UGUCGGCGGCAUUCGUCCAAAAUGGCUGAACACUCUUGAAGUUGUUGGAACUUGUUUAGAAUUUAAGAUAUCAACAUUUUCCAGCUAUGACAUCAAAAACUGCACCGAAAAGUCAAUUGCGCCUUGAAUGGGUGUAUGGAUACAGAGGACACCAGUGCAGAAAUAAUUUAUUUUACAAUGUUGGCAAAGAUAUCGUCUAUUUUGUUGCGGGUGUUGGCAUAGUAUACAACCAAACAGAACACAAGCAAAGGUUUUAUUUAGGUCACGAUGAUGAUAUCUUAUGUCUUGCCAUGCAUCCUGAAAGGAGCAUUGUUGCCACAGGACAGACAGGAAAGAGUCCAUUCAUCUGUGUAUGGGACACAAACAAUAUGGAAACUUUAUCCAUGCUUAAAGAUGGACACCAGAAUGGUAUUGCUGCUAUUGGUUUUGAUAAAGAUGGUGGGAGAGUUGUUUCUGUAGGCCUGGACACACAUUCCACAAUAAAUGUGUGGGACUGGAGGAAAGGAAAGAUUCUAGCAUCAGUUAGAGGUCACUCAGAUAGAGUUUUCGACGUACAAUUCCACCUGUUUAAAGAUAACACAAUUGUAAGCUGUGGUGUGAAGCACAUCAAGUUCUGGUCAAUGUGCGGUAAUGCUCUCACUCCUAAGAAAGGUGUGUUUGGUAAAGUUGGUGAGAUACAGACCAUGAUGUGUUUGGCCUUUGGUCCUGAUGACACAACAUAUUCUGGUACCCUGAGUGGAGAUGUUUAUAUAUGGAGAGGCAAUAAUCUGGAUAAUGUUAUUGCUGGAGCUCAUCAAGGAGCUAUAUAUACAUUAGAUAUAGGAGAGAGUGGAUAUGCUACAGGAGGAAAAGAUGGAUGUGUUAAACUGUGGGAUCCUGAUUUCAAAAGUAUCACUUCUAUCAAUAUUGGUAACAGUCCUGAGGGCUACAAAGGUUUGUGUGUGAGAAGUGUAUGUUGGAGAGGAGAUAGAGUUUUAGUAGGGACACAGGACAGCGAGAUAUUUGAAAUUGGUGUCAGGGAUCGAGACAAACCUAUCUGUCUGGUGCAAGGACAUGCUGAAGGAGAGUUAUGGGCCUUGGCAGUGCAUCCGAAGAAACCAAUAUUUGCCACAGGGAGUGAUGAUCAGACAGUCAGGUUGUGGAACCUAAACAAAUUUGAAAUUUUGUCAAAAACAACACUUGAACAAAAGAUCAGAUCUUGUACAUUUGACAAUGAAGGGAAUCAUCUAGCUGUGGGGUUUACAGAUGGCUCUUUCAUGGUCCUGAAAACAAGGGAUUUGUCAGAAGUAUUUCAAACAAAGGACAGAAAGGAAGUAUUACAUGAAAUGAAAUAUUCACCUUGUGGAAAUUUUUUAGCAGUGGCAUCAAAUGACAAUUUUGUGGACAUUUAUGCCGCAGAUCAACGAUACAAGCAUGUUGGUACAUGCAGUGGUAGUUCAAGUUUUAUAACACAUAUUGAUUGGUCGGAGGAUAGUAAAUAUUUACAAACAAAUAGUGGAGCUGCAGAACGACUCAUUCAUAAGAUGCCUAGUGGAAAACAGGUAACAAAUAAAGAAGAGAAAGCCAACAUUAGAUGGUGCACCUUUACUGGAGUUUUAGGAGCUGAAGUUAAUGGUAUAUGGGAAAAGUAUACAGACACAAACGAUGUCAAUGCUACAGAUGCUAACUAUAAUUCAGAAGUUAUUGUCACUGGCGACGACUUUGGUCUUGUCAAAUUGUUUAAGUUUCCUUCUCUCAAAAAAGGUGCCAAAUUCAGGAAGUAUAUAGGACACUCUGCCCAUGUGACAAAUGUCAGAUUUUCACAUGACAGAAAUCGUGUGAUAUCAACAGGAGGAGCAGAUCAUGCUGUGUUUCAGUGGAGAUUUCUUCCAGACGGAUCAUCAGACUCUAGUGAUUUACCAGAUCCUCAAUCAGGUUUCUUAGAUUCUAACAGUGAAGACAGUGAUACAGAUAUAUCUGAUGUCGGUGACCUUGAUUCUGACCUUGAACAGGAGAAACAGGUUAGAUAUGAUCGGGAAGUUUAUAGAGAGGAUGCAGCUAAAUUACAGAAGCUAGAGAAGGGUGUAACAGGAGGGAAGAAAAGAAAACAUGGCCCAACAUCCAGUCUUAAAUUGGAAUAUGUUCAUGGGUACAGAGGCUAUGAUUGCAGAAACAACUUAUUUUAUCUCCAGAAUGGAGACAUUGUUUAUCAUGUAGCAGCCACGGGUAUAGUUUUUGACAGACUGAAAACGCAGAAGUUUUAUUUGGGACAUACUGAUGAUAUACUAUGUCUUUGUCUGCAUCCUAUCAAGGAUAUAGUAGCCACUGGACAGGUCGGUAGAGAUGGAACUAUACAUAUCUGGGAUACUGAAUCCAUGAAAACAUUGUCAGUACUUAAAGGUCAACAUCAGAGAGGUGUCUGUGCUGUAGAUUUUUCAGGUGACGGUAAAAAGUUGGCGUCAGUUGGUUUGGAUGACAACCAUCUUAUUGUAGUUUGGGACUGGAGAAAGGGAGAGAAAUUAGCUUCUACAAGAGGUCAUAAAGACAAAAUAUUUGUGAUAAAGUGGAAUCCCUCUGAUAAUACCAAGCUUGUUACUGUUGGAGUGAAACACAUUAAAUUCUGGACACAAACAGGAGGUGGAUUUACCUCAGUACGAGGUACAUUAGGUAAUAUAGCCAAGCUGUGUGACAUGCUGUGUAUUGCUUAUGGUAAAGCAGCAGACAUAUGUUACUCUGGUGGCAGUGAUGGUAAUGUGUUUGUUUGGAAUGGUACUACUCUACAGAAAACUGUAAAAGCACAUGAAGGUCCUCUGUUUGCCAUGCAUUCUCUAGAUAAGGGAUUUGUAACAGGUGGAAAAGAUGGCGUGGUUGGUUUAUGGAAUGACCAGUUUGAACAAUGUCUGAAGACCUACUCAAUUAAGAAAGACUCUGUGUCACCAGAAUCCAGAGGCAUGCUAAUGGCUGAUUCACCUACUGUCAGGGCUAUAGUGUUGGGACAUGGGAAAAUAUUGGUGGGAACAAAAAAUGGAGAAAUUAUAGAAAUUGACAAAGCUGGACCUCUCAGUAUACUUACACAGGGUCACAUGGAAGGUGAAAUCUGGGGAUUAGCAUGCCACCCAACACAGGAUAUAUUUGCCACUGUCAGCGAUGAUAAAACUGUCCGUGUUUGGAAUACAACAGAUGAACAUAAAAUGUUGAGCAUCAAGAAAUUAAAACAAGCUGGAAGAUGUAUUACUUUCUCUACAGAUGGAAAACAUUUAGCAGUUGGUCUAAAAGAUGGUAGUUUUGUUGUGAUGAAGACUGAUACAUUAGAAGAUGUUACAUCAUUCCAUCACAGGAAGGAGGAAAUCUCAGACAUCAAAUGGUCACCAGAUGCUGGUAAAUACCUUGCAGUAGCAUCACAUGACAACUUUGUAGAUAUAUACAAUGUCAUAGCUCAGAAAAGAGUAGGCACAUGUAAAGGAGCAUCUAGUUAUAUCACUCAUGUUGAUUGGGAUAAAAAUGGAAAGGUAUUGAUGGUAAAUUCAGGAGCCAAAGAACAAUUAUUCUAUGAGGCACCAAGAGGCAGUCGUAUCACAUUAAGGAAACAAGAAAUAGAGAAAUUUGAUUGGUGUUCAUGGACCUCUGUCCUUGGUGACACAUGUGAAGGUGUAUGGCCUCCAAAAAGUGAUAUUACAGACGUUAAUGCCACCUGUCUCACAAAGGACAGACAACUUUUAGCUACAGCUGAUGACUUUGGAUUUGUAAAAUUAUUUGUUUAUCCAGUAAAGGGAAAAUUUGCCAAACACAAAAAAUAUGUUGGACACAGUGCCCAUGUGACUAAUGUAAGAUGGACGGCUAGUGACAGGAAGUUGAUAUCAACAGGAGGUGCCGAUACUGCAGUGAUGGUGUGGAAUUGUUCCUCUCCAGAAGAUAAACAUUUUGUACAUGGAGAAAGUGAUGACUCUGAUACAGAUUCUGAAGAGGAAGGAGGAUAUGAUAGCGAUGUAGAGAGAGAAAAGAAUAUGGACUAUGGUAAAAAGAUAUAUGCCAACACAAAUAAAGAAAGAGACGGUGUUAAACCACAUCUACAAGAAACAGUUCAAGUUGCUAAACCAAGUGUCAGUAGAAAUGCUCCAGAACCUCCUAAAGUGAAAAGAGCAGAACCGCCAUCAUCUGGAUCAAAGAGAAAGAAAAUGACACAAGUUACUGAUUUGAAAUUAGAUUUUGUCUAUGGUUACCGUGGUUUUGAUUCUCGUAAUAAUCUUUACUAUGUCAAUGAUGGUACAGAUAUUGUCUUCCAUGCUGCUGGUGCAGGAAUUGUACAGAAUUUGUCUUCAGGACAACAAAGUUUUUACCUAAAACACACAGAUGAUAUUUUAUGUUUAACUGUUAACCAAUAUCCAAAACUACGCAAUAUAAUAGCUACAGGCCAGAUAGGUGAACCACCAUCAAUCCAUGUCUGGGAUGCUGUUACCAAGGAAACCAAAUCUAUUCUACGAGGAUGUCACAGUCGUGGAGUGUGUUCCCUAGAUUUCUCCUGCUCAGGGAAAUUUUUGUUGUCUGUUGGAUUAGAUAAUAUUAUUGCUGUUUGGAGGUGGCAAGAAGGUUCUAAAGUUGCCAGUGCUCCAGGCCACACACAGAGAAUAUUUAGUGCUGAGUUCCGUCCAGAUUCUGAUAGUCAAUUUGUAUCUGUUGGUGUGAAACAUGUUAAAUUUUGGACUGUUACCGGUAGUGAAUUGACAGGGAAGAAAGGGAUCUUAACUAGUGCUGGAACAGGAGUCGAAUCUAAAAAGAUGCAGACUAUGUUAUGUGUUGCUUUUGGUGCGAACAACUUAACCUACACUGGCGCAAUGAGCGGAGAUGUCUAUGUAUGGCAGGAAACAACAUUAGUUAGAAUUGUACCAAAGGCUCACACUGGUCCUGUGUUCUCCAUGUUUACUACACUCAGGGAUGGUUUUAUUGUUACUGGUGGAAAGGAUCCUCCAUCUAAAGACAAUGGUCCAGUUAAACUCUGGGACCAGGAAAUGAAGAGAAGAAGGGCCUUCCCAUUACAUGAGGCAGGGACAAAAACAGAUGUUGUUAAAUCUGUGUGUAGGACAAAGGGUAAAAUAUUAGUAGGAACAAAGAUGAAUUCUGUGAUAGAGAUCGGAGAAAAAGAUGGCAACAUUCAGACUUUAUUAUCUGCUCAUGCUGAAGGAGAGUUGUGGGGUCUGGAUAGUCAUCCUUCUAUUCCUAGAUUUAUUACAGCCAGUUUUGAUGGAACAGUUAGACUGUGGGAUCUUACAAACAAGGCCAUGGUAGGUAGGUUAGAAGUAGGAGCAGCUAAGUCAGCAUCGUUUAGUCGAGAUGGAGAAUUAGUAGCUGUAGGUUUGAAGAAUGGUGAAGUGAUGGUGUUAACAGUCAAUGGAAUGAAGAUGUGGGGAAAGAGGAGAGAUAGAUCUGGUGCCAUUAGUGACGUCAAAUUUAGUUCUGAUGGUAAAUAUUUAGCCGUUGGUUCAGAGGAAAAUACAGUAGAUUUCUAUGAUCUGUCCCAAGGACCAACACUUAAUAGAGCUGGCUAUUGUAAAGGAAUACCAAGUUUUGUUAUCCAGAUGGAUUUCUCAGCAGAUAGCAAAUACAUCAGGGUUAGUUCAGGAGAUUACACACACAGAGUGUUUGCUGUACCAAGUGGAUCAAGAGUAGAGAAACCAGAGAUUGUAGAUAAAAUCACAUGGGCUGAUUGGACAAGUGUGGUUGGUCCAGAGGUACUUGGAAUUUGGCCAAAAGAUUCUCCAAAUGCUGAUGUUAAUUGUGCUCACCUGUCUCACCAUGGUAACGCCCUAGCCACAGGCGAUGACUUUGGAUAUGUCAAACUGUUUGAAUUCCCCUGCAGAGAAAAACAUGCUGAGUGUAAGAAGUAUGGAGGCCAUUCUGCUGAUGUAACCAAUGUGAGAUUUACAUCAGAUGAUAAAUAUCUCAUAAGCACUGGAGGAGAUGAUUGCUGUAUUUUUGUAUGGAAAUGUGUAUAGACAAUAGGAAAAGUGUGGAUAAACUGAAAAACAAGUUGCCCUCCAGAUGUUAUUUUCCAGAAUGCAUAUGGUUGUGAAGAAAUGGCAUUUUUGAUGGGAUAUGAAAUAUUCACUGCCUUUUAAACAGACUUGUAUAAAAGAACUGAAAUUAUAGCUUUAUGGCAGCAUAUUAUUGUUCUUGUUAUUUUUAAACAUUGUUAGGAUCAUUUUCUGUGUAUGCUCAAGUAUGGUAGAACUUAAAAGACUUCAAUAAGUCAAAAUAAGGUUUAAACAAACUUUAACAAUUUCUUUGAUAAAUGCUAGGAUUUAUUGAUUAAAAGUAUGGACAUUUUUAGGUUUAAGAAUUAUGUGUAAACUGAAUCAACUUCUGAAUUUCAACUGGCUUUACAUUUACAUCAAUAGAUAAUAAAAACAUCCCACCAUAAGUAAUUAUACCAUACCAAAUUUGUUAGUCAUAUCUAGGAAUUCAAGCUGGGACCAGAUACAAGGUCAUCACCGAUCAGGUUGUAAGCAGACUUGAGAUUUCGCCAUAUCAUAUAUAUCAUUUACAGUAAAAAUUUGUUGACUAUGACAAAACGUUUUGAUUUGAUCAUGAAUUUUUUUCUAUCUCGAUUGUAUAUAAGCCUAUAUUUGUCCAGAAAGGAUUUUGUUUUGUAUUAUUAACAUACUCUUCUAUACAUGAAAUAUUGACUGGUUGUAUAUAUCCUACUAAUUCUAUGUUUUGAAAUAAGCUACAAUUUGUUUUUAUUUCAUGGGCAGUUUUGACGGGUUGUAUGUAUGUCAUAUUUACAUAAAUAGAUUUUAUGUGAAAUAGCCAUGAUUUAUUUCAUGGUAAAAUUUGACUGGUUGUAUGUUUGUAGGAAUCUCUUCUAGUAUCUGUGAUAAAUUUCUAUACAUUUUUACAACAUAUACAUUUAUAUUGCAUUUUUUUCUACAAGGCCAAAUGAAUUAAAUUUUUAGAUUUUUAUUCCUCCUCCAUCUCAUUUUUCCUUCAUUUUCAUCCAUUGUGUUAUUUUUCAAAUACAUUUAAAAUUCUUAGCAAUUUUAAUGAUUGAAUAUAUAUCAACAACAAAAUAUAAGUAAGCUCUACAUCACAUAUCUUAGUAGGUGGGUGAGAAUCUAAACAAUUAAUUUAUUUUGCCUAGUUUUUGUACUGAUAUUUAUCCUUUUAUAUUGUGCAUUAAUUGUUUACUAAGAAUAUCUAGAUGAAAAUAGUAUAUUAGUUGUCUGGGAAUGUCUCAGUUAUAUAGGAUUUAGCCUUACCUAUUACAUAUGUGUAUCAGCACACCUAUAUGAAUGUGCCAUGCAAAUUCUGUAACAUUUAUAUGUGCUUUUGUAGAUCUUUGAAACAUAUUUACGGUAAAAAAAUAUGUUGUCUUUUUUUCCUAAUCUUGCUGAUUUGUACUUUUUAUAACCAAUUACUGUUUCAUGAACCAUUUGUGCUUCCUUUUUUUCCCUAACAUUAAUUAAAUACCGGUACUUAAAUUCCAUUGAAACAUUGAAGUUUGGUAUCAUAUUUUAACUUUGUCAUUGCGAUACAAUGAAAAUGAAAAUGGCAACUUUGCAUUUCAGAAGACCAAAUGUUAAAACAUCACAUGUGUUUAAAAAGAUUUUUUUUCUAUGUGACCACAUAUCAAAUGAAAAUUAUUUAAUAAAGAAAGUACAUCAAAUAGGACUUUUUAACCAAUUUUCAAAUAUUAAAAAAAAGGAAUAAUGUAGAUAAAUUUCUAGUUGCAGUAAGUGUUUGCAUGUUUGAAAAUAUUUCAUUUCUUAUUUAAGACAUUUAUGUUUUAUGUCUUGAACAUCCAGGAGUUCACAAUUAUCCUUGAUAGGUUAAAAAAAACUGCUAUGAGGUUAGGAUACAGUAGGCAACAAGCAUGUAAAGUACUGGAAAAUCAUAAAUCAAAACAACAGUGCUUUUUUAUGUCCUUCAACUUGAGGAAUGCUGAAAGUAGGUCACACCUUUACAGCAAAAUCAAAACAUUUUUGUUUUGUUAUACUUUCUGCUGACAAUUUAAAAGUUAAUUCUCUUACAUGUUAUGUGACCAAUUAAAAUUUCAAUUUGAUAGAGCUGUAGCUACUUAAGAGGUUGUAGUAAAAAUAUAGUUACUUGUUAUUUAUCAGACAUUUAUUUAUUAGUAUGUUUAUAUUAAAAUAUAAACUUUCAA